CACAAAUUGCUUCCAUUUAUAGAUGUACCUCUAAUUUAUCAAUUUUCCAGUUUAACUAAUUGAUUACUGUUGUAAAAUCCUGGAAAUGACAAGUGUGAAUUGUUCAUCCUUGUCAUCAAUCCAGAAAUUAUGUUUAGUCCUUGUAACCUAGUUAGAACAGAUGGCUCAAAUUGUUAUUGCCACCAAAUCUGUAGAUUCAUCCCUUAAGUGACUAAUCAUCAAGUUCAAACAGUAUAAAUAGGAGCUUGAUGAGGCAUUGUAAAUUCAUUCAGAAAUUCAGAACUUCUCAGAUAUUAAGAAGAAGAUAUUUAGAGCUUUUAUUAAUAUAUCUAUCUCUCAAAUUUAGUCUUCAUCUUCUUCAUUUUAUAACACGUUAUCAGCACGAAUCUGCUCAAAACCUUCAAGAAAUCAUCAUCUCCUGCAGUAAAUCAUGGCAAACAUAAGCAAAAGAGAAUUCGACGUUCUUGAUUUGUCCGGUCAAAAAUAUUUGGAAUGGAAAGUUGAUGCUUUAGCACAUUUGAAGGCUAAUGGUCUCGAAGACACUAUUGAGGCUAUUAAUCAAUCAUCUUCCCAGGAUAAAGCGAAAGCUAUAAUUUUCCUCCGUCACCACCUCCAUGAAAGUCUCAAAUCUGAAUAUCUUUUGGUUGAUGAUCCAAAAGAAUUAUGGGACAAUUUACAAGAGAGGUAUGGCCACCAACAAAAGGUACUUUUACCAAAAGCUCAGUAUGACUGGAUCAAUUUAAGAUUCCAGGACUUUAAAUCUAUCAGUGACUAUAAUUCUGCUAUGUUCCAAAUAACAUCCAAAUUAAAGUUAUGUGGACAAAAAGUCACUGACGCUGAUAUGUUGGAGAAAACCGUUUCUACUAUGCAUAUCUCUAAUAUGCUGCUACAACAGCAAUAUAGAGAAAAGGGUUUUAAAAACUACUCUGACUUAAUAUCAGUAUUAUUGGUAGCUGAGCAAAACAAUGAUCUUUUGAUGAAAAACCACAAUUUGAGACCCACCGGUUCUAGUCCUUCGAUUUAUGGUCCAUCUGGCCAUAAUUUAGCCACUGAAUCAAA